AUGGCUCUUGAAGAUGGGAGCGUGCAUGCUAUGAGAGCGGAUAUGGAAGUCCAGCAAGGCUCAUCGUCUUUGACGGUUGUGCGUUGGAUUUCUCGUCUGAAUGACUUUCUGGCAAACCAAGGACAAGAAGCACUCCUCAAGGCUCUCCACUCCAGUUUUCCCCGCCUGAAGAACUUCCUCAAGGACGUGGAGGAGGGCGCUCACAAGGGGACUCGACGACGGGAUCUUCAGAGGUUCAUGCUGAAGUUCAACGGCAAAUGGAAUCGCGUGGUCAGCUCCAACGUGAGGGAGAUGAUGGUCAGCGACAACCUGGUCGCGAACACGACGGUUGUCUUCUACAACCUGGUGAUCCUCGUGGUGGUUUUCCCCGGCAUGGACAUGACGGUCGUCUUCGGCAAGCUGGUAAUCCUCAAGGCGGUCAGCUUCACCGUGAAGGCAAUGAUGGUCAUCAACGUCAUGGUGAUCUUCGGGAAGUGCCUAGUCAGCCAACGGAGGUUUCGCAGCUUCGAGGAUCCGAUCGACGAGGUCUUGAACAACAUGUGCACUCUCUGCUUGAGUCACAACUGGAAGGCCGUCUGCGACUACAGUGCCUCCGACAACAGAGCCAAGGGUAUGCAACAGUUGCAGAAGGCGCAGCUGGACCAGUUCGAAAGGGCGGAGAAGCGAAGGAAUGAGGAACCUCCUGAGCAGUGCAAGCCUGGGACUACGUCGUUGCCUUCGCUACCUCCUCCUAGCGGACAUGAGAGCGCUGUGGCACUUCAAGACUGGAUUGAGGUCAUCGAUGGUCCUCUUCGGGACAUUUCAGACAGCAGUUCGUGGUGGUGGGACGCGGUGAAGGAAAGGGCUCAGAAGGGCUAUCAACUAUGG